CACACUUAAUUAAUCAUUCUCAAGAGUCGAAUUUUAAUUUUGUACAUCAUUUCAUAUCGUUUAUUUACUAGCAUUGCAGUGUUUUGUGAAUAUAAAUGUUUAUGAUGUACUUGGAUUCUUAUUGGUAAUGACGUGAGUGGUAAAGUGAGCCGUGUAACAAACGCUAUGCGAUGGAUUGGUGUGUAAUAUUCGAUACAAGGUAAUGGGCGAUGUUCUCGUUAUUAUAAAGACAAAAGGCUCGUCCUUCACACAUUAGUAGAGCAUCGUUGUGCAAACAAUCUGUUAUCUACACGCCGCGUAAUGUUAGAGGUGAUUAUUGAAAUGCUAAUAACGUUCCACUGCAUGUAAGUACGGCGAGCCGAACCGCGCUCUUUAAUAACUUCACCCGCGCAAGCAAAGACGUUUAAUUACUAACUCCUCUUGAUUGGUGGUGGGUCUCUAUCGCUUCAUGCUGUAACCGGUAAUAUAGUACAGCUUACUAAUAAGACAAAACUAUGGCUAACGUAAAGAGUAGAUUAAAAGCACCCAAAAGUGCAUCUACGAAAAAGAAGAGAGGUCGUAAACCUAAAAAAUCGUUGGCAGGUCCGAAAAAAUCAGAGCCGAAGAAAAGAAAAAAUAUUGAAAGUGUAAACACAGAGCCGGCCAAGGCUAGUGGUGAACCACAGGCUCAAGUUAGUGCGAGGAAUAAUAUUCAAUUAAAAAAAAGUGAUGUGGUCAUGAAACGACCGAGCUCUCGCAAGGUCAUGACGCCAGAUGAAAAAGUAAUAUUUAUAUUGAAACACGGACAUAAACUUAAGGAAAAGUUUAUCACUAAACCUCCUGCGCCUGUCAAACCAAUCAUACAACAAAAUGAAUUACAAGUUAGUGCACCACCAAGACCUACCAUACAAGUGCCAGAGAGUGAUCUUCCACAAUUAUCAAAAAGUGGCCGUCUUAAAAAGAAAUCUAAAUGUGACAUGACAAUCAUUGACAGUAUAUUGAAAGGUGAACUGAUGAUCAAAGAACGGCCCAAUGGUAAAGAUAUGUCUCCUGAGCCGGUACCAUCAAGCUCACCUCCCCCACCGCGUGUAGACAAUAACAAUGACUUAGCAUUAACUAACCAAAACAAAACCAUUCAUGAUUUAUCCGAUGAUGAAUAUCAAAUAUCCGAGGAGAUGUCCGUCUCAUCCGAGGAAGGUUCAGACAAUAACUGUUCAAAUGAGUCAAGUCCUGAUUCUGGUAACAAAUCUAAAGACAAAGACUCAUCGUAUCCUAAACCCAGGCAUAUUAAACUGAAAAAUGGUGUAAUAUUAAACUUAUUAAACUUUGAGUGCGAUGUCUGCCACAGAACAUUCAACAGAAAAUGUUCCUUACGCAGACACAUGUAUAUUCAUCUGGGUAUGAAACCAUAUAAUUGUCGUGAUUGUCGCCAGGCGUUCUGGAACCCCCAUAAGUUGAAGGAUCACAUCAACCUGUACCACAACACCAAUGCAGAAGACACGGAACUGUUUAUCUGCAAUUAUUGUGACAAACCAUUUCUGGUGAAAGAAAAUUUGCAGAAACAUCUGGACACACAUACAAAGGCUGAGAAUUCAUUCAAAUGCAUUUACUGUAACAAAGUGUUUGGUUACCACAUCAUGUUGAUGCAGCAUGAGAAGAAACAUAUGGUGAAGGGUCGUCACGAGUGCACCCUGUGCAGUAUGUCGUUUCGUUGUCGCAACCGCCUGUACAUGCAUGUAAAGAGCCACUUGAAACUCAAAGAUUUCAUUUGUCAAUAUUGUGGGAAAGAAUUUUUGCUCCAUAAUUCGCUGAGGCGCCAUGUCGAGGUGUGCCAUGGCGGGCACAGGAUUGUGUGCCCAAUCUGCAAUAAGAAUUUGAAAGGUCAUUUGACGGAGCACAUGCGCACUCAUGAGAAGAAACGGCCGCAUGUAUGUCCUGAAUGUGGACAACGUUUUACACAGUCCACCCAACUGAAUGUACAUCGGCGAGCGCACACGGGGGCCAGGCCAUACCCUUGCCGAAUAUGUAAACGAUUCUUUUCACAUUCGAACGCACUAAUGUUGCAUAUCAGACGUCACACAGGAGAGAAACCUUUCCCCUGCCCCAUGUGUCCAAUGUCCUUCUCCCAACUACCACAUAUGAAAACACACAUGCGUAAAAUACACGGUAAGGAGAACCCUUACAAGUGCUCUAAUUGCGACUCUUUUUACAAGCUGAAAGCGCAGCUGGAUGUGCACUCAAAGACAUGUACUGCAGCUCCAGCACCCACAGCAGAGACUCCUGCCCCUGAGCCUGCCCAAGGUAAAAAGAAAAAGUCCAAGAAAGCCGAGGACGAGAUAGAGGUGGAAUCGUCGAUGACUCUGUCUCGCAUGAGGUUCCUGUUGGCUCUGCUACUCACGAUGAUUGCAACCAAAGAAAAACUCAAAUAUUUAGGGUUCAACAAGAGGCUCGUUGAUGAGAUCCUCAUCGAGUCGUUGGAGGGUAUGGGCCGAACUCCUUGCAAAGACAAUACGCUUCCUCCGUUGAAGCGUCUGCGGAGGAACAUCGAGAUGUUGCUACUAAAGACGGUGCCUAGAGAUCAGAUGGAGAAGUUCAAGAAGGAAAGCAAGUCUAUUGAGGACAUUCUGGAACUGUUGACUACUGAGAAAGAUAAGUAGAACAUGAAGUUCUUUCAAAUUAAAGGUCAGCGUGUAGGUACUACAGCAGGGGCGGAGUGGGUCAAAAACGUCGCGCGAAACAAAAGACGGCCGGCCGUCUUACGACAAAAAGUUUUAAAUCCAAAAAAGGUCGCACACGUGUUUACACAAUGUAUUCACCGACACGUGUGUUACUAAACCUUUUUUGUUAUGAACUCAUUUUAUGAUGUAAGUAGGCUAAAUAAGGCGUGCGAUGAUGCCGGUUUAAAAAAAUCCUGUAUGUUUUUAUACAGUUACGCACAGUCGUGUAAGAUCAGAUACUGUAAAUUUUGUGGGGCAUGUUUUAUUUUAAACUUUAAAUAAACAUGUGUAUCGAUGCGUGUGUUCUUAAAACAAAGACGCUUCCAUUUUGAGCAGUCCCCAAAGUAAUAAAUGAGCGAACGUCAAUAUUAACAUUCAUGAAAACAGUUCAUCGUUUAUUUAUAUUUGCACAAACAGUACAACAUGAAAUAAGACUUUAUACUUAUAAAAAUAAGGAUUAGAAUUGCUAGAAGGUUUUUAAAAGUGCAUUCUUCUUCACCCGCCCCCGUAGUGCUCGUUAAUGGUGCACUAGAUCUUUUAAAGUGUUUCGCACCAGAUGUAUAUUGAUAUCAUUAAUUUAUAUUUCUCGCUAUUUAUGUAUCAUUCAUUUAUUUAUAACAUUUUGAUUUCAGAAUAAACCUUUGGUUUCUAAAAAGCAAUUUAUUUGGACUAAUUUAAACCUGUACAUGGGUACAUCAUUAUAGAAGUGUUCUUGCAUGUAAUAUUUCAAAUAAUCUAAUUAGAUUUUGUUGUUUGACCUGACUCUAGCUAGAAGUAAUCAUUACAACAUCAUCAGCCUUUUGGAAACCAAAGAACAUAAUGUAUUUAGGUAGGUUGUCACUCAUACAAGUUUUUGGGAUUGGAUCAAACCGUAUAGACUAGUAACUAAUAACUAUAUGUAUUUCUGUAGUGUGUCGGCUUAUUGUAUUUCUAUGUAAUAGUUAUUGUGUGUAGAAACUCGACUUAUCCUCGUGUCGUUCGCGAUGAAUCAUUGGUCAUUCGUGGUUAAUGUUGUAGAACUGUAGUUUCGAAGAUUAAUCAUACAUAGGACUCUAUUUUAGGGAUAUUAUGUAUCUAUUUUGCUUGCAGGAGAGAUGAAAAAUAGUGUCUAGUAUAAACUGUCAAACACCGCAGGACACCGGUGACCGCAACCUAUUGUUCUUUAACUCGUCGAGUACCGGUUUUGU